CGCGGGAACGUUGUCUCUAACGGCUGGGCGGCGUUGCGCCAGGCACCUGGACUGGGGUCGUUGAGGCGGACCGGUGAGUCUCGGAGGGGCCGAGAUGGGCCACGCGCCGGGACUUUACCGGGGGGUGUAGUCGGUCAAUGCGACAGCAUCAGGUCAUGAAACAUCAUUGUGCUCGUCCCCCUAAGGCAGGGAAGUCUGUUAGAGAAGGAGCUGCACAAAAGAAGAGCAAGUCACAGCAGCACCCAGAACCAGCCACCAAAAAAGCAGAUGGAGGACAAAAACGGAGUCAAGAGAAAGAGAUGACACAUCCAGCCAAGAAGAGAGAGAAGCGACAGAGGGAGCAGUCCCCUGAAGGUUCUUGGGGCACAAAAAAGGUGAAGUUGGCCCCUGGCAAAACAGCAGCCUGGCAGCCACUCCCAGACAGCAGCAUCGACCACCUGGGUGUCAUGAUGGAUUCAGUAAUAUUAUCCAUUCUGAGUAAAUCAAUACAAGAAAAAGAUGACAUUCAAAAGCAUCUCAACCUCCUGAAGGAAAGGCUUCUAAGACAUUACAAGACCCUGAAGGUGCCUAUUGGGAAACUAAGCAACCUGAAAAAUGUGCUGAGUCUUAAGGUGGCAGAGAAACAGAAUCUCUCAUCCAAUGAAGAGGCUAUGGCACUACUACAGACCUCCUUGCCUGCAAAAUUUCUCAGUCUCUGUCCUAAUUUCUCAGGGUCUUCUCUCAGGCCUCUUUUCCUGGAGAGCUUGUAA